AUGGAUAAUAAAAAGCCACAUGCAGUGCUGAUUCCAUGUCCAUUUCAAGGCCAUAUCAAUCCAGUAUUCAAACUAGCAAAAAUUCUUCACCUUCAAGGCUUUCACAUAACAUUCGUCAACACCGAAUACAAUCACAAACGCUUGCUCAAAUCGAGGGGUCCAAAAGCCUUCGAUAGUUUCACCAGUUUCAGCUUUGAGACCAUACCAGAUGGUUUAACUCCAAUGGAUGGUGAUGGAUUACCCUCUCUUUUUCAAUCAAUUAGAAAGAACUUCCUCCAACCGUUUCGCGAACUUCUUUCUAGACUUCAUGACUCAGCAAGUUCUGGUCUUGUCCCUCCAGUUACCUGCAUAGUUUCUGAUAUUAACAUGUCGUUUACUAUACAAGCUGCUGAAGAAUUUGCACUACCAAAUGUUCUCUUUUUUCCAGCAAGUGCAUGUUCUUUCUUGUGUAUUUCGCACUUUCGUUCCUUUGUAGAGAAAGGUCUCACACCACUCAAAGAUGAAAGUUAUCUAACAAAUGGAUACUUGGAAACCAAAGUAGACUGGAUUCCAGGAUUGAAAAACUUUCAGUUGAAGGACGUGGUCGAUUUUAUCAGGACAACAAAUCCAAAUGAUUUCAUGUUAGAAUUCUUAAUUGAUAUGGUAGAUAGAGUUCAUAGAGAUUCUACUAUCAUUUUAAAUACUUUUGAUGAACUUGAGAGUGAUGUAAUAAAUGCUUUAUUCUCUAUGUUUCCUUCUCUUUACCCGAUUGGCCCUUUACCUUUAUUGUUAAGCCAAACUCCACAUAAUCAUCAAUUAGCAUCUCUAGAUUCCAGUCUUUGGAAAGAAGAUACCAAGUGUCUUGAAUGGCUUGAAUCCAAGGAACCGGGGUCUGUUGUUUAUGUGAAUUUCGGAAGCAUCACAGUUAUGACUCUAGAGCAACUGUUGGAGUUUGCUUGGGGUUUGGCCAAUAGCAAGAAGUCGUUUUUGUGGAUCAUUAGGCCUGAUCUUGUCAUUGGUGGCUCGGUGGUUAUGUCAUCCGAGUUUAUCAAUGAAAUUUCAGAUAGGGGCUUAAUUUCAAGUUGGUGUCCACAAGAGAAAGUGUUGAAUCACCCUUCAAUUGGUGGAUUCUUGACUCAUUGCGGAUGGAACUCGACCAUCGAAAGUAUAUGUGCUGGAGUGCCAAUGUUGUGUUGGCCAUUUUUCGCUGAUCAGCCAACAAAUUGUAGAUUUAUUUGCAACGAAUGGGAGAUUGGAGCUGAAAUCGAUACGAAUGUGAAGAGAGAUGAGGUGGAGAAGCUUGUGAAUGAAUUGAUGGUGGGAGAGAAAGGAAAGAAGAUGAAGCAAAAGGCAAUGGAAUUGAAGAAGAAGGCAGAGGACAGCACUAGUGCAGGAGGUUGUUCAUAUAUCAACUUAGAAAAAGUUAUUAAUGAAGUAUUGCUUAAAAAGAAUUAG